AUGUAAUACAAUCGUUUAGGAAACACAGGUUUAUUAGUUUCUUAAUUGGGAUUUGGAAACAUGGUCAACUUCUAACCUGAAGACGAAGAGAUCAAUGUAGCCAUUAUCAAGAGAGCAUAUGAGGCUGGAAUCAAUUUCUUUGAUACUGCAGAAUUUUAUCAACAUGGAGAGGCUGAAAAGCAACUUGGUCGAUCCAUUAAAAUACUUAAUAUUCCAAGAGAGAAAUUAGUAAUUACUACAAAAGUGUUUGGUAACUAAGCUCCUGGAGGAUUAAAUGUGAAUAGGAUGUGUACAUUAAGUAGAAAGCACAUCAUUGAAGCAGUUCAUACUAGUCUCAAGAAUCUUCAAUUGGAUUACGUAGAUAUAGUUUAUGCUCAUCAAUUCGAUUCUGAAACACCCAUAGAGGAGAUCGUCAGAGGAUUCAAUACAGUAAUCGAGGAUGGCAAAGCCUUCUAUUGGGCUACCAGUAACUGGAAUGCUGCUUAGAUCCAAGAGGCAAUCAAUUAUGCAGAUUUACAUGGAUUGAUUCGUCCAAUAGCCGAUCAAGGGGAAUAUCAUAUGUUGGAGAGAAAGAGAUUUGAGUAAGAGUUCGUAGCAUUGUAUGAAAAACACAAUUAUGGAACGACUAUCUAUAGUCCUUUGUGUGGAGGAUUCUUGACUGGAAAGUAUUUAGAGGGUGUUCCUGAAAAUAGUAGAUGUGGAAAAGAUAAUGGAUGGUUGACUAAGGAUAGAGCUGCAAAUAGAUUCUUAUUGAAAUAUACAAGUAAUCCAAGAUAUGUCGAAGGAUUGAAAUAGUUUGUAGCUUUGGCAAAGGAAUUGUCAGUCACUCCAGCUUAAUUGGCAUUGGCAUGGACUAUGAGAAAUAAGGAUAUUGAUGUUGCCAUUACAGGAGCAAGGACAGUAGCACAAUUGGAAGAAUCUUUGGGAAGCAUUGAAUUAUUGAAGAAAUUUGAUAAAGAUUUGGAUGAGAAAUUGGAUAAGGUGUUUGAGAAUGCACCAAAAUAAGAGUUGGAAUUUAGAACAAUGAAACCAUUUCCAAAUAGAAGAUGAUGAAUUUAUUUAUUAUAGUCUAUUCCAAUUAGGUUUUAUAA